AUGCAAGACUACCGAGUGGGCAGCGAAAAUAAGUAUUUAAGUUGGGGCUAUAUCAGUAAAUUAUAUUCACAGCAUCGAAAAGCCACGAUAAAUACAAUGUAUAGUAUCUGGGUUUUAUUAACAUUCGCUACGGUCAUUAACUUUGCUCAAUCUCUUAUCAUUGAAUAUGAAGGCACGCAUAACAUAUUUAACGCUAAAUUUGUCAAUGUUGAUCUAGAAUUGUUAAACAAUACUGAUGCCAAUUACACAUACGACGGUUACAAAGUGUAUUACACUAAUGAGAUGUUUUUACUGGUUGGUUUGGACGAUAGUAUAAUGCCGUCCAAUGACAAACGAGAAAUCACAAAGGAAACUAGAGAGGAAUGGACCAACGUCAUUCCAUUGGGAUCUAAUUUUGUGAAAUCUUCAUCCAACACUUCUUUAUCCGAUUUGCUUUCUCAAGUUUCUAAACGUGAUGAUGAGGUAGUAGUUUCUGGGUUACAUAUCACCGAACGCUAUCUGAACAUUGGGUCCACUUAUAACAAUAUAGUGAUAGGCUCAGUUACCGCUGCCGGUGCAGCAGCAUUGGCUAUUUUGAAGUUUCAACAGAAAGGUUACAAACAUUGUGAAACAUACACCACACAGCAUGGUGCUACCUGGUAUAAAAUUCACACAUGUACCACUGGACAUAAUUGUGAUACUACAGCAAGCGGGAAAAUUGUUAAAGAAGCUGAUGAACAUGCUCUAACUGAUGCAUACCGUCACAAGUCAUUCCGUGGCUCAUAUUCCAUGAACCACGGAGGUACUUGGCACAGUUGCGUCGAAUAUUAUCAGAAAGAUCACCAUGAUAAGUCAUUCCCUGGGUGUCCCGCUAAGUGGUGUGGCUAA